AUGCAGCCCGCCUUCCAAAGCAAGUCUUCUGAUUCGCCGUCCACAUCUUUUGCAUCAGGCCAUUUGCCAGCAGCUUCCGCGGAACAGAACGCAGGAGACUUGACAUCACCAGAGGCUAAUUGGAACAACACAGCAUCCGUCAGUCAGGGGUGGGAAUACAGUGAAGCUGGGCAGGUUGUGCCUUCAAGCUUUCAGCAGCUCGGCGCCGAUCAGUACCAAGGAGGGUGAGUCUUCAUCGCUCUGUCGGUCUCGGUCUCGUACUUAGAUCCUAGCAAGCCUGACCGACAAACAUUCUUUCUACGAGUCUCGAAAGGUCUGAAAGGGAUCAGCAAGCCGAUCGGUUGAGCCAGUACACACCUUCAUACGCAGAUUCAACCGCGGACAUCGAUUUGGCGUCCCAGUCAGAUCUCUUAGCAGCCAUCGCCGCUGGGCAGGUUGGGGCUACUGGUGACUUGGCCUACGACCCGGACACAGUCGAUAGCUACUCCAACCUCUUUGGCCUAGACCAGCUGCCCUGGGCAAGCAAUAGUGUUGCAACUAGCACAUCCCAGCAACCUUUCUCGGCUCCGGCCCACUCUCAACAAUUCUCGCUGCUGCAUUCAGGUCCCUCUGCACACGACUUGCAGUCCUCUCUUCAGCAGUCCGAGCAGGCAACCAGCGCCGUAUCACCAAUCGUUUCGCCCUUGCUCAACAACGCCUCGCCGUCCCUCUCACAGCCAGCUCGAGCGUCGAAUCUUGGAUCUGAGCCUCACGGUACCGCGUCAGGAACUGGUCUCACUCAAGCCGAGGAAGCCUGGUUGCAGAGCCUCGGUCAAAGGAUAUCAUUGCAAGACGCAAACAGUGGAGAGGUACAAGCUCCCGCUGACCAAAUAUUUGAACCAGUCUUUGAGGAAGACGAGGAAACUGCUGCACCUCAAUUUAUAGCAGGCCAGCACGUCAUGCAGGACAUUCACACCAGAGGUGAGACGCCCCAGGUGCCAACCCUGAGUAUCAACGAUACGACACUUGAAGGCAGCGACCUGAUGCAGCAGGACCAAAGUGGUCAGCAGCAAACGCAGCAUGCGAAUCCUUUCAAUUUCACUAGUCAACCAAUGCGGGCGAAUAGCGAUCUAGCAUUUGGAGAUGGACACCUGUCAGGACACGGGCGGGCCAUUUCGACGGGCUCUAUGCCUACCGCGCCGGUCCAGAACGCCACUCUGGCUGGUUUCGCGGAAUGGCCUGCUGCCCUCCAGAUUGACACUUCUAAACGACGAGCAAAUGUUCCUGUCGAGUACAGCAAUGUGUCGCAAGCAUCUAUGAGCUCCUUGUCAGGCGCAAUGCCUUCACAGACCCAUUCUGACAGGGACGGAAGCUCGAACACCCUUUCGGUCAACGCAGGUCUGCCUCCCGCUCGUCAAGACUCGUACGAAAAAUUACGCAAAUUUCUCAAGCUGGAUGUGGACAUGGGCUUCUUGUCUGCCAAAGGAUCAGGAGUCGACUCGCCCACGGGUACUGGCAUGACUGCUUGGAGAAGGCGGUCAAAUUCGGAUGUGGGGCCCCGAUCACCUGUGACUGGUCCUGGAGCUGGGGCGUCUCUAUUCAGCGUUAUUCCUGGCGGUGUAACAGAUAAGACACCUACUGCAAUGACUGCCGGAGUGGACUGGGCCACUCAGACUGCCAAGGUCAGGGCUGCCAGAGAUAUCGCAGCACAGGUAGCUGCGGUGCCAGGGACAUCGUCAUCUUCUCCGCAAGCACCGCCGGUAGCCGUCGAAUUUGCGCCGACCUUGGAGCCGCACAUGCUGCAGCGCUCAGACGACGCUGCGAUGGCUGUAGACUCUCAGUUCUCGGUCUCUCCGGCACAAGGGCAGCAAAAUUCAGCUGGCGCCAGUGCAUCUCCAAGCGAUCACGUGUCUUCAGCCGGUGGUGUUGGACCGGUCAGGCGCGACAUGGCUAGCCGCAGGGAAUCCAACGCAAGAUCACCAUAUCACGCAAGAGCAGGUAGUAGCGGGACCGCGUCGUCGCCUCGCCCACUGCCUUUGGCUGGACUUUCCGCGCCCAUUGGAGGGCCGGCUCUCUUUGCUUGGCAGUCCAAACCCUCUCCAGUCGCGACUAGCUUCGGCGACAAUAUGAGCUCCUUGCGGCGUUCACAAUCUGCACGGAACCCUAAAAGAAGCCAUAGACGUGGAGCGGGCAGCGAGGAUCUAUCGGACAUGGCAAGAGGGAAGAUCGGCGAACCAGGAGAGUACCUCGCACGCGUUACGGCACCGGAUGGUUCGCUGGCCCCGCCUAGUCUGAACUCGUCCAUCGGCGGUCCACCUAGCGCUGCCUAUUAUGCUGGAGUCGGCGCACGAGGUGGUGCCGCUGGCAAUGCGUACCGCGUCAGUCAUGAUCGUCACCCUUCUUGGGAGUCCAACACAAGCAAUUCGAGCACCGGCAGUGUCAGCAUGGAGCCAGGCGGUUCGCCCGAAAGGCCUUUGGGAAGCUUCAACCCCCGCUUGCCUGGUAUGCCUGCCGUCUACACGCCUGGCUCGCUUGCCGCAGGUGUACCCGGAUCAUCCUACCAUAUGAUGGGCUUUCGCGGCGGGAAUUCACCGGGUGGCCAGCUGCCAUCGAACGCGUCGCCAUCUACUGCUCCUCCGCAUCCGCUGGGCUACUCGAUGUACUCCCAAACCGCCCUGCCGCAGUACAGCUCUCUCAGCACGCCGCCUUCUGCAGCUUCCGCCAACGCAUAUGCGUCUUCUUCUUCAAUUCCCCCGCCUCAACUGCCACCGGAUGGUGUCAUGCCACCGAUCCAGACGGUUACCACGAGUGCGACUCAAGCGGCCAGCGCCAGUCGCCGCACAAAUGCAGCUAUACACUAUUGUCCCGUGCCAGGCUGCAAUUCCUCCUUUACCAGGAAAUUCAAUCUGAACGGACACUUGCGGUCACACACAGGAGACAAGCCGUUCAAGUGCCGAGAGUGCGGCAAGAAUUUUGCCAGGCACUUCGACCUUUCCAGGCACGAACGACUGCACUCGGGAAUCAAGGCGCACACGUGCGAGAGUUGCGGCAAAAACUUUGCUCGGAUAGAUGCGCUACGCCGUCACUUGCGAUCUGAUGGUGGCCAAGGUGGAUGUGCGGCCAGGCUGGGCUCCGUACCUGCAUCGCAGGCGCACAGCACCAACGGCAACGGCAAUCUGAGCCCCGGCUCGCCAUCGACGAGCGAGAUGACGAGCAUCUCCCCUUCUGGUUCUGCGAUUGCUGGACAAGGUACACAAUACACCCAUCCCACCAUCCAGAUCGCCUCGAACGGAAAUGGCCGCUUCGUUGGUCACGCCAUGUAA